AUGAGUUUCGGUGAAAAUUGGUUUGAUUCUUGGGAUCCCGAGUCGCUUUAUGCCGAGAGCGUGGUGGGUUGUAAUGGUUGUGUCGAGGGUUCACCUAUUGAAUCUAGUGGCAUCGUUGUUGGACCUGUGUUGAGAUUAAAAAAAGUAGAUUAUGAAUUGGGAAUUUAUAAUGGAUCUGUGUUAAUUGUUACACGGGAUUUGCAGGAUGCCGUCCCAAGAAUUCAGUUCACUGUGGGCUGUUCUUUAAAAUCUGAUUUAAAAGUUUCGAGUAAACCUCGCAAUGGAGAAUUUGAGUCCACUUUGUUUCAUGAAGAAACUUGGGAUGAGUCCGUGUAUCGUUUCUUUAGAUACAAUAUUGAGAUUCCACUAGCUGAUAUUGAGCAAAUGGUGAAAUAUAGUGUUGAUGGACGGAAUGAACCGCACUAUCGGUUUUUUAUUCCUUCGAAGACUACUAAUUUCAACACAAUUUCUUAUUCAUGUAAUGGGUUCUCCUUGAAUGUCGACACUACCAAGUUUAAAGGGUCUAUGUGGUUUGAUAUCUUGAAUAAACAUGCUAAAGUCCGUUAUAACGUUAUGCUUGGAGGAGGUGAUCAAAUCUACUCAGAUGGUAUUGAAGUUUUCUGUGAGAAAGUAAAGGAAUGGGCUCAGAGGAAGAAAUUAAUACACAAGUUUACAACAAAGGUGGAUGCAGAAUUUCGGAGGCAAUUGGAUGCUUUUUACUUGAGAGAGUAUAUCGAAUGGUAUGGAUAUGGUCACUGGAGAGGUUCAACACCAAAAUCUAAGUGUACUCAAAAAUGUUUCCCCUAUGCAAUGGCUACAAUUCCUUCGGUCAAUAUUUGGGACGACCACGAUAUUAUCGAUGGGUUUGGUUCUUACUCAGAUACGUUUAUGAAGACUGAUGUUUUCAGCUCUAUUGGUAAAUUUGCCUACAAAUACUACAUGUUGUUCCAACAUCACGUUAGUUUAAAUGAACGUGAAGCAUAUUUAGAAGAUCCAAUUUGGCUGCUUGGUAAAAAGCCCAGUCCGUACAUCGAAGAGGUUAAUCACUCUGUUUUCACCAGGAUCGGCCCCACGAUGGGUCUUCUCGGUUUAGAUUGUAGAACUGAGAGAAAAUUAAAGGAGAUUGUGAGCGAAUCGACUUAUGAAAUUGUAUUUAAGAAGCUUGCUCAAGAAGCUCAAGCCGCCAAGAUGGAUCAUUUAAUGGUCAUGCUUGGUGUUCCCAUCGCAUAUCCCAGAAUGGUACUAAUGGAAUGGAUCUUUUCCUCGAGGCUACUAUCUCCCUUAAGAAAGUUAUCAAGAAGAACAGCUUUUGCAAGUGGUCUGGUUAAUGAUUUUAACGGUGAUAUUGAGUUGCUAGACGAUUUGAACGAUCACUGGUGUGCCAGACACCACAAAAAGGAAAGAAACAUGUUGAUGGGCCGUUUGCAAGACUUUGGUGCCAAGUACGGUGUAAGGGUCACUAUUCUAUCCGGAGACGUUCACCUCGCGUCUAUCGGCAGGUUCAAGACCAAGAGGCACAGACAUCAUUUGUACAAUACCAGUGAAGACGAAAAGCACAAUGCCAAGGUAGACAACGAACCAGAGAAUGACUUGAGAUUGAUGUUCAAUGUAAUCUCCAGUGCUGUGGUCAAUACUCCACCACCAAACCCAAUGGUCACCUUGUUGCAAUCCAAGGCUAAUGUACACCAUUUCGACCACGAAACUGACGAAGACGCUGUACCAUUGUUUAACAUUGAAGUCUCUGGAGCCGGUAACCGCCGUGAGAAAUGUUUCCUGAAUAGAAGAAACUGGUCCGAUAUCAUUCCAGUCGAGAACGCGCUAAAGAAUGAGUACUUAGCUAAGCUAUACAACGUCAAGAUUGGAGACAAAGUUAUGCCCGGCAUUGUCUCCCCGGCAACCGGUCUUUACCGCGAAGAAUCAACCAAAAAAUUGGCAGAGAAAGGUUUCUUCCAAUACCCGAUUACUGAGAAAGGUGUUGUUGUGUCACUAAACAUGGAGACAGAACCAGAAAACCCCCAUUCCAAAAGUACAAGAUACUGCUUACCAAUUCCAGAACUGAGAACAACCUGUGCUGCACUUUCGCACUCCGGUUUGAAGCACUGGAAUUUAAAGUAA